AAUGAUACUAUCUGAGGUCAUUAAUUAGAAGGCGCGUCUCUCAAAGCAUUAACGCGACAAGUUGUAACCCCACAUUCUUGGUUCCUUCCUCUGAAUUAACGCUUCCUUUGUGACCUAUCUACUAGAUAUCUAAUCUAGUAACCACCUACCUCCAAUUACAUUCCUUCCUACCUCAUCUUCCGAUCUUUAAUCUACAAACACCACCCUGAUCCUUCACAUCUGGUAGGAGAGCCUUGCCACAAUCGUCACAAUGGGUCGUUUCAAGAAUCUCAAGCGAUCGCGUCGCGAUGACGAUGAAGAUGAGGAUGUAGCAAGCGACGAAGAAAUCAAGUCCAGCAAGAAGUCUACCAAGAAGUCUAACAAAAAGGCCAAGACGAGCGGCGAUUCCGGCAAAGAUGACGAAGGCAAUUCUUUUUGGAGUCUGGGCGGCACCCGCAGAGUUACAAUUAGCGAUUUCAAGGGAAAGACCUAUAUCAACAUCCGAGAGUACUACACAGAUGCCUCCGGUAGCCUCAAGCCAGGAAAGAAGGGCAUCAUGAUAUCUCUCGAACAAUACGACAAACUAGUCGAGGCUAUCCCCUCCAUCAAUGCUGAAUUGCGAGCGAAGGGACAUGAGACACCAGCUCUUUCGAGUGCGCCCGCCGCAGACAAGCCUGAAGAGUCAGCAAAGACUAAGCCGGAGAAGACCAAGCCGGAGAAGGCGGCUAAGUCAAAGAAGAAGGCUAAGGCUAACAUCGAGGCCACCAGUGACGAAGAUGAAGAGGAAGAGGAGGAUGAGGACGAGGAUGAGGAAGAGGAUGAGGAAACGGAUUAGGGAUUCGUCCGUCACGGAAACAAGCUUGUUAGGUUCCCUGAUAUCACCCCUCUUGGGGGUGAUUGAAAAGGUGGGCUGAACCUCAAUCAAUAACAGGCACUCAUAAGAUGAUUGUUUCUAGUUGUACUACUAUGUUUUGAUGGAUUAUGUGGCUAUGAUGGUCAUUGACGGACUUUUCUUUUCGGCUAGUUCACUGCAGGAUUGUCGGUCAUUCCUCUUCGAUACCCAUUGCUCUCAGUCCCAUCUCUGGAGCUACGAAUUGACCUACGCAGUUUUCACAUGUGUCUUUGCAUUAAGUUACGUAUGUGUUGUAUCCCGAUCUCAUCUAUGGGUGCUUAGCCCGUAUGUUUACC